CAUCACUGCCUGUGUGUCUAAUGGCCGAUGCUGAACCUUGAGUUUCUCUGUCGGACAACUUUCAAACUCAAAUCUUCCAUAAUCAGCGCCACGUGUUCUUCUCUCUUGUCCCCGUCUCUUCUGGUCCUACCCGUCUUCUCGCUCAUCUUGAUCUGGGCAUUACUCUUAUGGGUUUUUUUCUUGUCCCCGUAUAAAUACACAAAACCCGCCUCGAUUUCCCCCUUUUUUUGGAGUUUCUCCUGGAGAAAUUUGAACUCGGAGACGAUUUUAACGACCUGGGUAUGGGGGUUUUUGCUCUGUUCUUGGUGCUUUAGCCACGGUUACCAGUGUCCGAAUCUGUGACUAGCUUGUAAGGAGACUGAGGGAAGAGAUAAAAAGUUACCGAGUCCUAGGAUGUUUGGUUUUCUGCUGCGAAAAGGUGAGAGGAAGGUUCUUAAGCGCAAGGAUAGCGAUGCUGGAGAGCGAGGAAGAGCGCUCGAGGACUUGAGGGCAUCCCUGUUCAACAAAUUCCGGUCUUCCCAUACAGCGAAGAGACAGCAGCAGCGUACCUGCGGCCCGACCGUCGCUCUCACGUUCAAUUUCCUUGUUGCCAUUAGCAUUAUCUUCACUAACAAAUGGGUACUUAAAAAUGUCGGCUUUCAGUUUCCUGUCUUUCUUACGUUCAUUCACUACGUUGUGGCCUAUUUGCUUAUGGCGGUCCUGAAUUCCCUUUCUCUCCUUCCCGCCGCUCCCGCCUCGAAAUCAUCCUCCUUGUCAUUAUAUACUCUUGGAAUCGUAAUGUCCCUUUCUACCGGUCUUGCCAAUGUCAGCCUCAAGUAUAACAGUGUUGGAUUCUACCAGAUGGCGAAAAUUGCUGUCACUCCAUCUAUUGUUUUGACAGAGUUCUUGUGGUACAGAAAGAAAGUUUCGUUUUUGAAGGUGGUUGCCCUUACAGUUGUAUCAGUAGGAGUUGCAGUAGCAACAGUGACAGACUUGCAGUUCAGUCUCUUUGGUGCUUGCGUUGCCUUGGCCUGGAUCGUACCAAGCUCCACCAACAAAAUCUUGUGGUCCGAUAUGCAACAGCGAGAAAACUGGACGGCUUUGGCGUUGAUGUGGAAGACUACGCCAAUCACUUUGUUGUUUCUCGUGUCGAUGAUUCCGUUCUUGGAUCCUCCGGGCGCUCUGUCCUUCACUUGGAACUUCAAUAAUACAAUGGCCAUCCUUUUUUCUGCUCUGCUCGGGUUCCUGCUUCAAUGGUCUGGUGCAUUGGCUCUAGGGGCUACCUCGGCAAUCUCGCACGUUGUGUUGGGCCAGUUCAAAACAUGCGUUGUCCUUCUCGGGAACUAUUACAUAUUUGGGGCGAAUCCGGGAGCGACCAGCGUUUGCGGUGCGUUUGUGGCGAUUGCGGGCAUGUCGUUUUACACGUACCUGAAUCUGCGUUCUCAAACGCUAAAGGGCUCUCCUCAGAAAGUUUCGUCUUUGCCCAACAAAUCCAGGCUAAGUGAAGAGAGCCAUGACACUUUCGGCUCCUCCGAAGCUGUCUGACUUGAAAAGAACUGUCGUAAUGUUUAUUUAUUCGUUUGUCCGAGAAAAAUAGGGGGCCAAAUUUUGGCCCAAAUUC